CCCGGCUCUGCUGCCGCCGCGGCGGCCGCUGCUGCUGGUGCUGCUGCUGCUGGUGCCGCCGCCGCCGCCGCCGCCUGGAUAUAGUGCGGCAGGGAGCGGAGCUUGCAGUCACUUUGCGAGGAGGAGCGCGCGGGCUGCGGGCGGCUGGGGCACCCCCGGAGCGGCGGCGGCUCUCGCAGAGGCGGCCGUGACAGCGGAAGGUUCUCUCUCCGGGGCUGGACUUAAUAACUUUGGAACUGUCCACCGGUGGCACGUCCUGAACAUGAGCCUCCUCCUCUCCUUCUACCUGCUCGGGUUGCUUGUCAGUAGCGGGCAAGCUCUUCUUCAAGUGACAAUUUCACUUAGCAAAGUAGAGCUUAGUGUGGGUGAAUCUAAAUUCUUCACAUGUACAGCAAUUGGUGAACCUGAGAGUAUAGAUUGGUAUAAUCCUCAAGGGGAGAAGAUAAUUUCAACACAGAGGGUAUCAGUGCAAAAGGAAGGUAUUAGAUCAAGAUUAACCAUCUACAAUGCAAAUAUAGAAGAUGCAGGGAUAUAUCGUUGCCAAGCAACAGAUGCCAAAGGACAGACACAAGAAGCUACAGUCGUUUUGGAAAUUUACCAAAAACUCACUUUCAGAGAAGUGGUAUCCCCUCAAGAGUUCAAACAAGGGGAGAAUGCAGAAGUGGUUUGCCGAGUCAGCAGCUCACCCGCACCUGUCGUCAGCUGGUUGUAUCAUAAUGAGGAAGUCACCGCUAUAUCCGACAAUCGGUUUGCUAUGUUAGCCAACAAUAAUCUGCAGAUUCUCAACAUCAAUAAAAGUGAUGAAGGUAUAUACAGGUGUGAAGGAAGAGUGGAGGCUAGGGGAGAAAUUGACUUCCGUGAUAUCAUUGUUAUUGUUAAUGUGCCACCAGUGAUCACAAUGCCUCAGAAAUCCUUUAAUGCCACAGCAGAGAGAGGAGAAGAGAUGGCAUUUUCCUGCAGCGCCUCAGGCUCUCCUGCGCCCACCAUCUCCUGGUACAGGAAUGGCAAGUUCAUUGAAGAAAAUGAAAAGUACUCAUUGAAAGGAAGCAAUACAGAACUCACUGUCAGGAACAUAAUCAAUAGUGAUGGGGGCCCUUAUGUCUGCAAGGCCACAAAUAAGGCAGGAGAAGAUGAAAAGCAGGUGCUUCUCCAAGUCUUUGUACAGCCUCACAUAAUACAGCUUAAAAAUGAGACUACGUAUGAGAAUGGUCAAGUCACACUCAUAUGUGAAGCAGAAGGGGAGCCUAUUCCAGCAAUCACCUGGAAAAGAGCAGUGGAUGGCAUCACUUUUUCUGAAGGUGAUAAGAGCCCAGACGGACGUAUCGAAGUCAAAGGGCAGCAUGGAAGUUCAUCACUGCACAUUAAAGAUGUGGACUUGUCAGAUUCGGGGAGAUACGACUGUGAAGCAGCAAGUAGAAUUGGAGGGCACCAAAAGAGCAUGUACCUUGAUAUUGAAUAUGCUCCCAAGUUCAUAUCAAAUCAAACAAUUUAUUACUCUUGGGAAGGAAACCCAAUAAAUAUAAGCUGUGAUGUGAAAUCGAAUCCACCAGCAUCAGUCCAUUGGAGAAGAGAGAAAUUAGUCUUGCCAGCUAAAAAUACCACUAAUUUAAAGACAUAUAGUACAGGGAGAAAAAUAAUAUUAGAGAUCGCACCUACAUCCGAUAAUGACUUUGGACGAUAUAAUUGCACAGCUACUAAUCGUAUAGGAACAAGAUUUCAAGAGUAUAUUCUUGCUUUGGCUGAUGUUCCAUCAAGUCCCUAUGGAGUGAAGAUUAUAGAGCUGUCACAGACCACAGCCAAGGUUUCUUUCAGCAAGCCGGACUCCCAUGGAGGUGUGCCUAUUAAUCACUAUCAAGUGGAUGUCAAAGAAGUGGCAUCAGAAACCUGGAAAAUAGUACGCUCCCAUGGAGUUCAAACAAUGGUUGUUUUAAGCAACCUGGAACCAAAUACAACUUAUGAAAUCAGGGUUGCAGCUGUAAAUGGAAAAGGACAAGGAGACUAUAGUAAAAUAGAAAUUUUCCAAACAUUACCAGUCCGUGAACCAAGUCCUCCGUCCAUACAUGGACAGCCAAGCAGUGGGAAGAGCUUUAAGCUGAGUAUCACCAAACAGGAUGAUGGUGGAGCCCCUAUUUUAGAAUACAUUGUGAAAUAUAGAAGUAAAGAUAAAGAAGACCAGUGGUUAGAGAAAAAAGUGCAGGGAAAUAAAGACCACAUUAUUUUGGAGCAUCUACAGUGGACAAUGGGAUAUGAAGUUCAAAUUACAGCUGCCAAUAGAUUGGGAUAUUCAGAACCAACAGUCUAUGAAUUCAGCAUGCCGCCUAAGCCAAACAUUAUUAAAGAUAAAUGCUGUGAAGCGAAUAAAGGCGAAAAUGGAAGCCAGUCAUGGCAGCUGAAUGCUGCUGCGUUUUCUUUCAUUAUAGUCAUAAGUUUGUCUUGCAUGUUUUAAUGUUGUUGCUAUAUCAUAUAUUUCCUUUUUUGCCCUGAAAACUUACAAGGCUAAUCUAAAAUUGCAAUAAAAUAUUUUCUAAAGUCCAACUAAACAUGCAUGUGUCCUCACCCAUGAAUAGUGAGCCUUUUUUCCCUACCCCAAAUUGUUGACCUUUAAAGUAGAUAAUUUGUCAGGAAAUCACAAAAGGACUUUAAACCAAGAUUGUUUCUUCCAAGUACUAGUUCACAGAGUAACUUGUUUCAUUCUCAACUUUAAUUUCUAAAGUUGGCCAUGUUAAAUAUCAUGUCACUUUCAUUUGAACUUAAAAAUGAAAGUGCUAGUCACUCAGCUGUGUCUGACUCUUUGUGACCCCAUGAUCUGUAUAGCCCACCAGACUCCUUCCUAUGUCCAUGAAAUUUUCCAGGCAAAAAUACUGGAGUGGGUAGCUAUUCCCUUCUCUAAGAGGUCUUUCCGACCCAGGGAUCGAACCCUGGUCUUCUGCUUUACCGGGGGACUCUUUACCAUCUGUCUGAGCCCCCACAGAAGUCCAUUUGGAACUUAAGCAUUUGCUAUAUCUAAUCUUCUUUCAUUUGAUUAUUUUACAAAUAUAACUCAAUAUCCAUGGCCAAAUUCUGUAUAAAUAGAAAUUUUGUGAUGUAGAAUUGUGGCUCUUUCAUACUGAUUUGAUGGUUAUUCCUUUAAAUGUAGGCUUAGAACUUUAUAAACAUAAUAUUUCAUAGUGUUUUCCAUUUAUAUAAAACAUAAACCUGAUAGCUUUUAAUACAUUAAAUGUGUAUAUCCUAUGUGCUGCCUGAUUUUCCUCUUAUUCACAUAAAAUAUCAUAAGGAAUUAAAGUGAACCGGACUCAUUUCUUCAAUUUGAAUACCAAAAAUCUAGACUUUUAGUUUUCAAUAAAUAAAACUACCUUUCUGCAUUUGUCCCAAAGUAAAUAGUAAGUUAAAGUUGAUUGUAUUUUAAAAGUUGCACCCUGUGUACUAGGUUUGAAUUGUGUUUUGAGGUAACAUCAGGUAUUCAUGUUCUAACAUAAAAUCUUAUUACUUUUUCCUGGAAACCUGAGUCAGUUUCUUUGUAAGAUCAGAGAGAAGUAAAUGUUUUAGCCACUACUUUCCAGAAGAUGAAAUUGAGAUGAGGACGUGUUACUAGAUUCCAGCACUCAGAGGAGGCUGGAUUUGAUGGAGUAGCAUGAAUAAUGAUUUUUAUUUUCACAUUUCAUUCAUUACCAAAUGAGAAAAAAGUAUUUUGUGUUUUUCAUUCCCAGCUACACUCUAGCAAGUAAUUCUUACUAUGUAUUCAAGACAAUUAGGAGGACAAAUUUACAUAUAUUAACAAGAAUGUCAAUGGCUCACAUGGUAAAUCAAAUGAUUGAUUUCUGGGCUUUGAGACUCAGUCAUCAAAAACAAUUUGUUUUGUUGUAUUUAUUGUUUUUUAUGUCUUCAAUGAAAUACCCACAGGAUCCUAUUAUGUAGGAUGUAAAGGUGCACCAACCUUUGGUAGUCUGUUCUGUAAUUUAUCUUUCCAAACUCUUUGCUGUCCACUGCUAUACUUCUUUCUUCUGAGCUAACAGCAAACCUAAAGAAUGCAGAAGUGACUCAUUUACAGAUUAAACACACUUCUUUUUCCCCUGCUGAGACAAAGGGAUUUCCUCCUACCAAUUCAUGCAGUGUGGGGAUUUAACCUAUUUGUUGGAAAUGUUCUAGUUUUAAAAUGAAAUUAACCAGUGAUUCUGUGUAUUGAAAAACUAAUUAUAAUUUCAUACUACACUCCAUGAUAGCAUCUCACAUCCCAUGGAUUUGGAUAAGACUUAUAGAUAUGUUGACUAAUGAUAUGUAACAAGUGCUAGGAAAAAAGGAGUUCCAGUAACACUUGCGUGAACAAACUUUUCCAUUUGUUAUAACCUGACUGGAUCUUGCCAAUAUUAUAAAUAUUUCCAUAAGAAAGUCAUAGAAAUUAUCUUGAUAUAGAAAAUGAUUACAAAAUACUUUUGUGGAGAACAUGUAAUAUGUCUUUAAUAGGAUAACAGAGUUGAUUUUUUUUUAAUUUUAUAAUCUAUAAUUCAAAGUCACCAACAGUGAUAUGAAGAACACUCAGUCUAGCUUACAUGAUACUUAGACUGAUAUUUGGACAGGUCAGAAAAGAACCUAAAAUUAAAAUUCUAGUAUCUUAGCAGAAUUACUUACACUUAAUGAGUUGUUCAUUUAUGUGUUUUAAACAUCUAAGUCCAAGUCAAGAUAUUAAUCCUAAAAUUAAUAAGCUAUUUAUUAUUUGGCCAAGUAUCUAUUCUUAUAUGAACAGUUAUUUUACAGUUCUAAGAUGUGCAUAAGUUAAAAAAUAUUCUCAAGACAUCUUAAAAUAUAAAUCCUGUGCUUUGCCUUAUGUCUAUAAGAAAUAGGAGAGCACAAAAGUAUAAGCAAUGCAGCUGUUGCCUUUCAAAAAGUAAAACCUUAGAGAGUAUAAAUUACCUUGUCAGAUUGUUAUUUUAUAUUGUAAUAAAUGUAAAUGUUGCUGAAUUAUAUUUUUUAUUACUUGGGUUUUUCUUUUGUUAUGUACAACCACCAAGUCUAACUGACAGUUAUGUUUUGUCUCAUUGAAAUCUGCUAUAGAUCUAAGGAAAUGUGAUUAUUGGUAAGCAAGACAUAAAAAUUCUCCUAGCACCAUCCAAUAUUCUUUUUUUAAUCCAGUGGAUUUUUAAAUAAAAUUCUGUGCCUAAAUGUAUAAAUAUGAACUUGUGUGUAAGGUGAGUUUUAUGUUAUUCAUUAUAUAUAACAUUAUGUGCCUAUGUUCAUUGUUGUACAUAUUGUAUGAUCAAAUGUUAGAGCAUUUUAACAGUUUGCUUAGACCAUAUUUUACCAGUUAUAAAGUUAGGUUGAUUUGCUUAUGCAUAGUUGCCAUUAUUUGCACGUGGAGCAUCCUGAUUAAUUUUUUAUAUAAACUUGAAAUCAUUUUUCUUCUUCCAACCCUUUCCAAGUUUAUCUUCUUUUAUCCAUUUAUCAUUUAUCCCUACUGGUCUCUCGACCCCAGUUCAAGCUCUAAUUAUUUAUCAGAUAGCUCUAGGGCCCAUCAAACUACAUUUCAGAUAUGUUAACAGAUUAUGCCUAGGAGGCAGCAAUAAAACAUUCUUUCCUAUGAAAAAUAUUGUCUUACAUGGGAGAACCUUAAGUUAAUUUUGAUUUUUGGCUUUUCUGUUCUAAUACUAUUAUUCAUUGGUAUAAACCCUAUACCCAUAUUUCUUUCCAAACUAUUAUACAAACUCUUAAAACUCUUAAUGACUUCAUUUUUCUUAAAAUUUUUUAUUAGCUUAAAGUAUCUCAAGUGUUUAACAAUGUUAAAUAAAUAAAUAAAUUUUAGAGAUUGGAUUAACAUAUUAUAUAUAUGUCAAUUAGUAAGAAUAAUUGCACAAAUUGCACAUAAUUUUGACUCUUUGGGUGUUCAGCAUUUCUUUUAAAAUUAAUUAGUAAAAUUACAAGUAUGCAUAGUAGUUCAUAGGUUAUACAAUUUGGAGAUGAUUAUACAACUCAUAUUUUCUAUUUAAUAAUUCCCAUUAAUUAUAUUUAAUUUAAAUUAAAAUUUAAGUAAGGAAUAUUCUAAAAUGUAUUUUAAUCUGGACAGGUGGAUUUAUGAGUUUUCAUUUAUAUUGAACAAAAUAUAAUAUUUGAGGAGGAAUUAGGCCAUGAACUUUUAGAUCUGGAUGGGUACUUUCAGAUAUAUUAAAAGCAUUCUUUUUAUUCAUAAUACACCUACACUAAGAAUAAAAGAAUACAAGUUUUAGAUUACAAAUGAUUUUAACAAUUCAAGAUGAAUAUUUGCAUCACUAAUGCAGUAGGUAAAUAUGUUUGUAUCUACCUUUCAAAAAUAACUAAUAUUAUGUAUUUUUUCAGUUUAUAGUAGUUAAGCAACAUUUCUAGUCAUAAAAUUAUCUAAAACUCUCCAACUAUUUGUUUCCGAUUAUGAUAUUGGCAGCAUUAAGAGUUUUAAAUAAAUUACCUCUUAGGACACUACCUAAAUUAAAUAUUGUCAUUUCCAUGUUUCAUAGCCCUUAUAUAUUAGAAUUCCAUUCACUGAAUAAAGAUACUAGAUGAAAAGUUCAUACCUAAAUUUGUCAUUUUAUGUAUUUUAUUAUGGCUCAAAUCUGUGAGACAUAAUGUAGUAUCCUUUAACCCACUUUUUUUUUUAAACCCACUUUUGAAUAAGUAAAAUCAAGUAAGCCUUCUCUUGGUUUUAUUUUCUUUCAUUCUUCCUUCUAAAGUUUUCUUUAUACUAUUCUCUCUCUCUCCCUUCCUCCCUUCCCUCCUACUCUCUCUCGUUCCCUCUCAAUUUCUGGCCAUGAAUAAAUAAGAUGCAGCUCUUCUGUUCCUUUUCUGUUAAUUGCUGUUAAAUUUUUAAAUUUCAGAAUUUGUGGUAUAUAUAUAUGUCCUAAAACCUUAAACAAAGUUAAUGCAUUGAAUGGGUAGCUUAAAUUUCUUUUCAGAUGUUUGGAGAUAUGAAUAUUCUACAAAUUGCCCUGAGAUGAUUUCAAUAUAAAUUGAUAUUGGUAAAAAGUCUAUAUUUAUUUAAAUCAGUUGGUUAAAAAAUGAAGUAGUAUUUAAUCACUAUUAAUACUUGAUAAUCUUAGAAUUCAGAAGAUAUUAACAGUAGAUAUUAGGUCUUAACUAAAGGGGAAAAGUUUCAAACAUCUAAUUAACAUAUUUUCUGCCCCACCACCAUCUAAACUUGAGUAAUUAUCUAGAGUUAACAUCUUUAAUUUUUUUUAAUUAUUUAUUUCCAGUUGAAAGGUAAUUGCUUUACAAUAUUGUGUUGGUUUCUGCCGUACAUCAGCAUGAAUCAGCCGUAUGAUAUAUGAUGUGUGUAAUAUCUCUUUUUACUACAUGGUGCUUACAAAUUUGAUAUAACACAUAAUGAUUAUAAAAGUAGCAUCUUAGUAUUUUGGUAGGAGAAUGGAUUCAAUCUAAUUUAAUUGUUCUGAAGUAAAUCAGAGAUGAGAAUCUAAUAUCAAUGCUUUAUUUUCCAAACACCUUUAGUUUCUUUAUCUUACCUAAGAUUAUGAAUCAGGUAAAAAUCUCUGAUAGUCAUCCUCCCCUCCCCCAUAGUUACUAACUAAUUAGUUGGAGGUCUAAAAUACCUGCCCUUAAAUGUUAUAGAAAGAAUGGAUUAUCCUAGAAUAUCGGUUUUUAGCUACUAGUUAGCAAAAUUGAAAAACAAAAUAGCCAAGGAAAACACAUAUGUUCAAAAGUUCUAGUAGUGUAUCUGAGGUGAUUUGAACUGCAACUGAUGUCCUAGUGUCUUUGCUGUAGACUAUUAUUCCACCUACUUUUUAAAGAUAUACUCAUUCAAGUGUAAUUAACUUUUAAGUAUGAACUAAUCUAAUGUUGGUUGUAUUAAGCCUAGGUACAUUGUAAAGUUUCUUUAUUUGUGUAUGUUCAAAUUGAAUUUAGUUAUUCUUUAUCACUCCAUUUUUAAGUAAUGGAAAUAUAGGUAUAAACUGGAAAUAUUGCAUAAUAUUCAGAGAUAACAUAACUUUUAAAUUAUGCCAUAUUUAUCUAUGUACUAAAUGGGCACUGUGAAAUAAAUCUCUAGUAAAUCCUUUUUUUCUAAAAAGUAAGAAAUUGAAAAUUACUGUCUUAAAGAACACCCAUAAUUCAUGAACUUCUUUCAAGAAUAUUUUUAUCUCACAUCUUAACAUUGAUUUUAUAUAUAACAGUUCUGUUUUAAAGUGACUAUUUCUGAUCAUUUUAAUUGCAUUUGUUUUCAUCAUAGCCUUUCUUAAAAUAAAAUGUAUGUUAUAUAUGUAUUGUCCUCAAUAUCAUCUCUUAUUUAAAACCCGUGACAUAAUUUCCAGCACUAUGUGUAAUCCUAUGCAUGAGUUUCAUAGUAUAUUAAAUGUCAUUUUAUUUUCUGUACUUCUGUGUCUCCAUUGUUGUAAUAAAGAAAACUGAGGAAAACCUUUGCUAUAUGUGUUUUCUUUAUUACUGGUAAAAACCUUUUCUGUCUUCUGUGUUUUCAUUUCUAACU